AUGGAGCCCACAACCGAAGCCAUUGACAUCGAGCAAGAAGACGAACCGAGGCUGAAUAAAGGGCCACUGUUCUUACCAAGUGAUUCGGACGAUGAGACUCCUGCUUCCCCUAAGAUCGCGCCACGGCCAGCCUCACCACCGUUAUCUGACGCCUUGGAUCUAUUCGACGACGACGCGUUUACCAUACAGCCUCUGGGCUCUACUGUCAAUGCCGAGGCUUUGGAACGCGAUGCGCGUGCUCGGCAGGCUUCUCAACCAUCUUACACGCCCCAUCAAAUUCUACCAAGUAGCUCUCCGCCCAGAGAUGAGGAGGCAUUGGCAAAAGACAAAGAUGCGGUGGAGCCAAGGCCCGGGAUGAGGAAGAGGAUUCCACGGCUUGAUGAAGGGCGUUUGCUAGGACGAGAUGGCUUCCCUGCACUAAUGAAAUCCGUCAAAGGCUUCAAAAUCAAAGGAAAGGGACAUGAGGUAGAAGAUCUCGACAGACUGUUUCUCACGUAUCAAUUUUGGACGCAUCAACUCUACCCGAAGACCCAAUUCCGAGAUACAGUUGAGAGAGUGGAGAAACUUUGCCAUUCGAGACGUAUGCACGUUGCGCUAGGUGUAUACAGAGAUGAAGCCCACGGAAAGAUUGUACGAGACGAAGAUGUGAUAGAUCUCACAGACGAAGAAGGCAAUGCGCGGGAGCCUCCGGCCUCGGAGCCAGCCUCGGAGCCCGCUUCCUCUUCUGAGGAACCUAGUCGUGGUCAAACGACAGAUUUCGAUGAUGACGAGUUCGAAGCCGCGAUCCGUGAAGAAGAGCAACGAAGCCAACCCACAAAAGAGCGGGAGCGCAACGUCGCGCCUCUGAAGCCGAAGGCAACUUUUGGCCAAGCAGGCGAUGAUGAUUUCAUGGACGUUGAAGAUGAUCUUUGGGAUCAACUCAUAGAGGGGGCAUUUGACAAACCGGAAGGCAAUGCUAGUGGGAAUUCGACCGCGCCAAGAAUCAGUGAAGGGGACGACGAUGAUAUAUGGAACGUCGUUGACGAAGUGGAGAGGGAGCAAGGUGGCACAACCACGCAGAAGGCACCUGUACCAGUUGUUUCAGAGGCAGAGGAGAACUGGGAGGACAUGUAUUUUUAG